AUGUUCUAGACGAGCCUUGUAGUCGACGUUAGUCAUACUUCCUCGUUUUUUUGACAAAGGCAUUGUUGUUUACUUGUCAUGACAGCCGACAAAGGUGGUGAUUCCGAAAGAUGAAGUAUCCUCAAGCCACGAGUCACUAUCAUUCGAUCAAUCCGAGGUUUUGAUAUUGUAAAAAAAUCAACUGUAAAUUUGUUUGUGUGCAAAAAUUACAAACUUCAAGUACUGACUCACAGUGUAGAAACCAACUACAACUGAUUAAAAGCAGCCAAAAAGGAGUAAGAGCACCACAAUGUCUCAGAGCAGCCCUACGGCAAACGCAAAUCUGGCGAUGAAUUGGUCAAAAGUGAUAAGUGACUUAGACUCUGACUUCAAAAUAGAUUCAGAAAAUGGAGAUCAAGCACUUUUGGUGGAAAAGUUACACAAAAUAUUUGACGAAUGUUUACCAAUUUGUCCAGUGGAUGAUCUUGAUACACGGAUCUUUUCUGUUUAUCUUUCGGAAGCUAAUCGGACUAUUACCCAGUUGAUUGCAGAGAUCAACAAAAAACUCGCAGGAAAACGAAUAAAUGAAGAUGACAUAAAAAACAAGUUAAGAAUUUGCGAAAAUGUCUUGGGGUGCUGGAAAAAGUGCUUGCAGCACUUAAAAGAUUUGCAGAAAGUUUCAGUUUCCAAAAUCAAAUCUUUUCCUGAUCUUCUCUUCAAUGCUAUAAAAAGUGUUUUGUGUCAUUGCAAAAUGAGUGAAGUCAAUUAUGGAGAUAUCAUGAAAGACGUCACAGAUGAAGUGACUGCUCUUUUUCGAAAAUCGAACGAAAUAAUGUGUUUCUUCCUCACAGUUUUAGAUUCUGUUAUUAUGUUCGAUGUCCACCAGGAUGAGGAAUUCAAUCUGUUGAGCACAAUUGUCAGUGAAAUUGGCGACACAGCAACAUUAGUGAAUUGUCUAGAUUUAAAAUCUCUGGCCGAAAUGUGGAAAAAAUUUGGAAGAUUGGCGACUAUCCACAGUGAAAUAAUAAAUUCCAAGUCUCCAGAGUCCGUUACUCGACAUUUUGUUUCUCUUGAAGAGGAUAUUAUGUCUCUUAUUUUUUCAGCUGUAAAGGGAAGUCAGAAAAAAGUAAACGAAAGGAACAUAUUAUGUGGAAGAAUGUUGUUUAAAAUUCUCGAUAAAUUGUGGAACACUUAUUGUCGUUCUGUAUCAAAUGAGAAUGCAGAUUCUGCUAUAAAAUUGCUUGUACAAAUGUACAGGUACUCUCCUCCUUGCUUGAUUGCAACAAAAGUCGAUCCAGUAAUCAUUAAAUUCAUUGAUACUAAUAUUUCAAUUGAAUUAGAGAAUUUUUUGAAUACAAUUUUUCGAAGCGAACAUUUUUUUAAGGCAUUAUUUGAAUUUGGAAAAAGGGAAGACGCUGACCCUGUAGGUUUUCAUUUAUUUACUCUAAACCUAUUGAGAAAAUUAUUAAAAUUGCCGUACGAAAUUCAAAAAACUUGGAUAGUUGGCGAGCUUUCAAUACUUGACGUCGCUCUUGCUAAUAUCGAUCUCUUGCAACUAGAAAUUUGUUUGGGAAAACUACAACUCCAAGUACCUCGAAAUCUGGGAGAGGCACCAAAAUCGAUGACAAUUUACGAAGAAACUUUACUCAUGAUUUGGGGUUUAAUUUGUCAAGUUCCUGCUGCGGAUUUUGGUGCAAUUGAGCAACUAUUAGUGAAGCAUUUGAUGAGUGGAAAAUUCUGGACUUCUCUUCUAACAACUGAUAUUUGGUGCAUGAUUGGCAGAGUAGGUUCUUCGCAACUGUGUUACGACCACCUAAAAUAUUUCCUGAUGGUUCAUGAGAAACUCUCAGAACGAGAAAACAGUUUGGAAGUUUUCAUUCUUUCUUUCCUAAUAAGUAGACUCUACAAAUUGCUUUCUGACAAUAAAAAGGUUUUAUUAGUAGAAGACAUUAAAAGUAAAGAUCCCGAUUUUUGGUAUCCUCUUUCCGGAGUGUUGACACAAAAGGGAAAAUCUGUUUUACGAAACCGGAUAGCAAACGAUGUGGAUAUCAAACAAGCUUACCAGAAUCUUAAUGAUAAACCUUCUGUAAAAUAUUUUACCACACUUACUUCAAUGUUGAAAAUGUUGGGAAUUUAUUUCGAGGAACAAGACAAGGAAACUAUGGAAACUCUCAGCAAUAUUUGGAAUUCUGUAGCUCAAGUGAUUGAAGACUGUGAAGGAAUUUAUUUAAUUAUUGUUUCAGAAUUAAUGAUGGCAUUGUUUCAUUGUGAAGUUCCUUCUAAAGAAACCUUCCAUGAUGGGACAUUAUCUUCGAUUCUGAAGUCCAUAACAUCGUUGGUACCGUACGCACCUCCGUUUGUCAGAGUGAAAUUGCUAUAUUGGUUGCAAAAUCUAGCUCUACAAACCAUCGAUGGAUCAAGUUUUGCACCCCCAAUAUCUGAACUUUAUGCUCAACUUCUGGAAGACAAAACUCCGUGGGUUCGCCAGGAAGCCUUUGAAAGUUUCGAUUACUUUACUCGUAACAGUGAUAACGAAGAGCUUGUAGAGCGAGUGGUCAAAGUUAUUGUUGGCAAGCCCACGUUGUCGGAUUCUAUUACAGCUUAUAUAGCAAGUACUCCUUAUUAUAAACUUUCUGGAUUCCCCAACAAUGAUGCAUUCUUCCGACAAUUAAUCGGCAGUCCUCGCGCAUCUCGUCCACAGCACACUUGUUACGAAGUGAAUGAGAGAGAAGAAAAAUUGCUCAAAUUGGAAGAAGCUUCACCGAAGUCAAGUUCAAGGCUAGAUCAAAAAAUUGGGAGAGUCUGUGAUGAGCUGGAAGAGAUCGCAAAAUGCAGAAAUGAAAUAAGUCCCGAAUUUUUGGAUAGGCUAAGGAUAGCGAUGUUAAAGAUUUUCGAUCAGCAUCAAUAGUUAUUUAGAAAUUUUUUGUAAUUCAUUUAUAAUUUGCGAUAUUACUAUUCAGUGAAUUUUUUUAUGGAAUUUGUAGGUGUGAACUUUGCUGUUAUAAUUGUAUAAUUUUGCUGUGAAUUAAAUUCAAAGGAUAUUCAUAAU